AUGCUAGGCUGUGCGACUAAUUUCAUGGAUCACAGCAGCAGUGACGAAGACGAGGCCUUCGGUCGGGUUUUCUCGACAGAAGAAGAAGGGGAGGGUGUGAGGGGUCGGUCGUCGGUCGGUCUCAGUGGGUGUUGCGAUGAGGAAAUUUGCGAUCGGUGGUUGAAAAGGGAGGCACCUUCGGUGCUUGAAAAGGGAGGGGAAUCAAUGGGUGUUUGGAUUGGGGAUUGGUCAUCGGAACAGGAACGGACAAAGGUGGAUACUGAUGUUUCUGGUCCAAUGGCGAAAAAAAAGAAGGAAAGGAGUUGUGGUUUUACUGUGUUCACCGAUGGAAAGAUGGGUGAAGGGAGCUCUUUUAUUUCACAUUUAACUUGUAGAAAGAAAAGCGAGAGGAUAUUACUAAAGACGACAUUCAGCAAAUUCACUAAUGAAGAAUCCAAUCCAUUGCUUAUUGAUAUUGAAGAUGAAGACAAUGAAGGAAACGAAAUAGUACAACCUCGGAUUAGAAGAGAAGGACAAAAGAAGUGUUCAACACCUAAGAAGAAAACAAAAAAACAAACUGGUGAUGUGGGGGAACGUGUUAAUCGCACACCAGCUCAUUCAAUGCGAAGAGAUCUUAAAGUUGUAGUUUUGAGCUCAGAUUCAAAAAAGAACAUGAAACCCAAAGUCAAUGUGAAGAAGUUUGAUGGAGGAAAUUCAAGUUAUGAUUAUGUUGUCUACUUAUUGGCAGGUUUGAUUGAAAGUUAUGACAUGACAGAAGAUAGUGGAAUAAAUAUGGAAAAUGAAUUGAGAACAAAAAGAUGUUUUGAUAGAUGUAAAAUAAAAGGUGAUGAAUUUGUUGUUAUAAACUCAUGUUCAGGAAAAGAUAAUGUUACUAACAAGAAGCUUGAUGAAGAUGAAGACUCUGAUUUUGAAGAUGACAAACCUGUGGUAACAAGGAAAAAGAGAAGGCAUUAUACUUCAUUCAAAAAUGAUGACAAAGAAAAUGUGAAGAAAUUUAAAAGACAAAGGAAUAAAGAAGGAAAUGUAGUGAAGGCAAGAAAAUUGCCUAAAGUUGUAGCAAGUGAUGCAGAAGAAGCAAGGCGAAUACAAGUACGAACAUCUCCAAAUGUUUUGUACAGUUUUAUGCAUAACCUUAGCAAGGAACAAGAAGCUUAUAUUUCUUCUAUUAGUCUGGGGCAUUUGUUGAAUAUGAAAGUGGAUGGGUGUGCAUCAUAUAUAGGGCAUUAUAUUGUAAGGAAUCUUGAUACAAAUAGGAUGGUACUCAAACUUCAUCAUGGAGAGAUACCAAUAAAUCGGCAAGUUAUUCACGAAAUGUUGGGUCUGCCUCUGGGACAUGUUACAAUAAAGUCCAUGCCUUAUAGAGAAGUCACAGACGACACGAUAACUGUUUGGAGAAAACAAUUCGAAGAUGAAGAUAAUAUUAGACCAAGGGCAGUUCAACAAGUUAUUAUGCAAUCAACACGUGCGGAUUUUAUCUUUAAAGUAAACAUCUUUGUCCUGUUGUGUAAUACACUAGGUCAGUCGAUGAGCAUGGGAACAUGUGACCUGUCGAUGUUAUCAAAGUCACGAAAGACCUGGAUCUAA